UGGCACUGCCCACACACUACCAGUGGGGAGACUGCUAACACUCACUACCAGUCAGAAGACAGCCUACACACUACCAGUAGGAAGACUGCUAACACUCACUACCAGUAGGAAGACUUCCACUACCAGUAGGAAGACUGCGUACAUACUACCAGUAGGAAGACUGCCUACACACUACCAGUAGGAAGACUGCGUACAUACUACCAGUAGGAAGACUGCCUACACACUACCAGUAGGAAGACGGCGUACAUACUACCAGUGGGAGACUGCGUACAUACUACCAGUAGGAAGACUGCCUACACACUACCAGUAGGAAGACUGCGUACAUACUACCAGUAGGAAGACUGCGUACAUACUACCAGUGGGGAGACUGCCUACACACUACCAGUAGGAAGACUGCGUACAUACUACCAGUGGGGAGACCUAGAAAAGGAGAUGGAUAUCACAGAUUCACCUGUGAAGGGAGGUAUCUCUAUAGUUCACACAGAGGAGGAUGGGAAACACCACUAUGAAGUGGAGAAGAUCCUCAAGUUCAAGAAAGGAGGACAAGGAGGAGGAGCCUUCGCCAGUGAAGGAGACAAGCUCCUGACGAUCAAUGGAGUGGACCUACAGGAUCUAUCCCCAGAGGCCUUCGCCAAGAUUCUGACGGAAGGAAACCCCAUGUUGACUGUCCACCAAGCCAGCAGGGCUCCUCCACCAGGGAGAUGCCCAGAGGAGGAGGCUGAGGCCAGGGCUCUCCACCCGGUCUCCAAGGAGAGCACCAUACUCAGCUUCAGCCUGGAGAUGAGACGAGAGGAUGACCUGGACGACCUGGAGAGUGACUCCUAUCGCCCCAUGGAAGACCUCACAGAAGAGGAUGUCAACAAAGCCGAUGAGGAGGUUGACGAUCUGUUCCUGGUUGCCAUGACGAACACCAGAAUCUCUGUGGUGAGGGGGCGUGGCUGUGGUGACGGGAGCUCUUGUCACAACUGUGGCAAGUCGGAUUGUAACUUCAACGAGGUUGUCAUGGUCGCAGAGUCCAGCAAAGUCACUAUGGUGUCACGAGGAAUGGGCAACUUGGAAAAAGUACAACAGUUUGACAACCUCUUUAUUGAAAACUAUUUAUGUCGCACGUACCUUCGGCGUAGACUCACACGUAAGAUGUGGAGUGUUCCUAGUUUGUCAGCAACUCCAGAGAAGAUCACCAUCUAUCACUACAAGUCUGACUGUGUGGAUGGAGAGUUUCGGGGGGUCCCUGUGGUGCUCAACUUCACCAGCACUAACUGUUUCCUCAAGUGUGUUAAGGACGGAGAGCGAGUCUCUCUCUGUGUUGGGACUUGUGACAAACACAGACUGAAAAGCAUCAGGAAGGAUGAUGAGGAGAUCCAGGCGUUUGUCUUCUACAUGAAGGCUGAAAUGAGCAAACAGCGCCGGUUUGAGUCCGCCUACUGCCAGGGCUGGUUCAUCCACACUUCUAACAAGACCAAAGUAGAUUUGGGGAAACCCCAGGGGAUGACGGGGGACCAGUCAUUCUUCUUUGUCAUCCAUAAAUGAUGAAGAGGGUUUGUUGUUUCUGCAUGUUAUGUUUCUCUAUGUAGUUUCUAUAGUGUAUUUUUAUACCACCAUUUUAUACCACCAUUUUAUACCAUGUCAUUUUGUAUUGAUCCCAUGAGUCCCUGGAAAACAAUGAUGAUUGCUGAGUGGGCUAUACUGGCUACCAUAAAUGUACUGUAGAUUCAUUGAUUGUAGAGUAACAGAGCCCAGCAAAAGAAUGGAUGUGUACUGAUAUUACAAUAUAUGUGUGUGUGUGUGUGUGUGUGUGUGUGUGUGUGUGUGUGUGUGUGUGUGUGUGUGUG